AUUCACCCCAAUCGUCACAGCAGACGAACCCACCCACUGCCACCCAAAUCGCUCCUGCUGUCUAUCUUCCUCCUCCUGUAGCAUCCGUAGUAGAGGCGGCCGGCGAAUCAGCCCGCCAAUGGCAUCUGCGCGGAGGCCGGCGGCGCCGGCGAAGCCCAGGAAUGGCGGCGGCGGCGGGGCGGGGAGGAAAAGCGCGUGGCUAGCGGCGGACGGGAGCAAGCGGUGGGGGGAGGCGUUCUUCCUGCUCUACACGCCCUUCUGGCUCACGCUCUGCCUCGGCGUCGUCGUCCCCUUCAAGCUCUACGAGAGGUUCAUGGAGCUGGAGUACCUAAUUCUUGGAUUGGUGUCCACCGUGCCCGCAUUCGUGAUCCCUCUGUUCCUAGUAGGGAAGGAAGAUAGUGUUAGAAGUUUGAAAGAUCGAUACUGGGUCAAGGCAAAUAUUUGGAUUAUAACUUUUAGUUAUGUUGGUAACUACUUCUGGACACAUUACUUCUUCACAGUUCUUGGCGCAUCGUAUACUUUUCCAUCAUGGAGGAUGAAUAAUGUACCCCACACGACUUUUCUUUUGACUCAUGCCUGUUUCCUAUUCUAUCAUAUGACAUCAAAUAUGACGCUUCGUAGAUUACGUCGCUCUACAGCUCACUUACCACAGUCUAUCCGGUGGUUAUUUGAAGCCGCAUGGGUUUUAGCACUGUCAUACUUCAUAGCGUACCUGGAGACCCUAGCCAUUGCAAAUUUCCCAUAUUAUGAAUUUGUCGAUCGGGAUAUGAUGUACAAAGUAGGAUCAUUAUUUUACGCAAUCUACUUCAUGAUCAGCUUCCCAAUGUUUUCAAGGAUUGAUGAAAACGAGAAGUGGAACCUGUCCAGGGUAGCUGUCGAUGCUUUGGGUGCAGCGAUGCUUGUUACCAUAAUACUCGACCUAUGGCGCAUAUUUUUAGGGCCAAUAGUGCCCAUCCCUGAGUCAAGACGGUGCGGUCAGCCGGGGCUCGCAUGGUUCGAGGUGCAGAACGAAAGCAUCUAAAUCGGCGCUGCAACAAUUUCGUUGUUUCCACGUGUAUCGCAGACCAUCCUCAAGCAUUCUUCAAGACUGUUAAUUCCGAUCUGCUACUGGAUAAAUGAUAUGAACGACAGAGCGGUGUGGAUAAUGAGGAUGGGCGGUGUUGUCAGCUUGUAAUAUUUGCUUCAUGGUUGAUGCCCAUGCUUGAUCUUGGAACCCUUUUUCGGAUGCAUGAGCAACAGGUACAUCAAAAAGCUAGUAAUAAUGUUAUUUGCCAAAAAAAAUAUAGUAAUGAAAUUUCCCAGAAAGUAAUUUACAUGAUUCUGUGCGAUUAAGCUUGCCUGACCGUGCUCUGCAGAAGUGUUGUAAAAAAGAACGAAACGAUUUAUUUAUUUAUUUUGUUUUUUGCCA